GGAAGGGCUGGCUGACGGUAGAUGACUCAGACCAGUGGCCCGCCUAGCCCAGCAUCCUGUCUUCUGACAAGGGCUCGUGCUCAGUCCCUCCGUGGAAAUGAACAGAACAGGGCGAUGAAAGUAUGUGCUAUACUUCCACUGCCGCAGAAUGUGAAGGAUUAUCUGCUGGAUGAUGGAACUCUGGUAGUUUCAGGAAGAGAUGAUCCCCCAACACGUUCUCAUGAAGAAAGUGAUGAUGAUCAGGCAGAGGAAAUACAGUGGUCGGAUGAUGAGAAUACCACAACCCUUACGGCACCAGAAUUCCCUGAAUUUGCACUUAAAGUUCAAGAAACUAUCACUUCCCUGGGGGGCAGCAUCUUCCCUAAACUCAACUGGAGUGCUCCAAGGGAUGCCUACUGGAUAGCAAUGAAUAGCUCUCUCAAAUGUAAAACCCUCAGUGACAUUUUCCUUCUCUUCAAGAGUUCAGACUUCAUUACUCGUGACUUCACUCAGCCAUUUAUAUACUGUACUGAUGAUACCCCUGAUCCUUGCUUGGAAUAUGAGCUUGUACUUCGAAAAUGGAGUGAAUUAAUCCCUGGGGCAGAAUUCAGAUGCUUUGUGAAAGAAAACAAGCUUAUAGGUAUAUCCCAGAGAGACUACACACAAUACUAUGAGCAUAUAUCUAAACAAAAUGAAGAGAUCUGUAGAUGUAUACAGGAGUUCUUCAAGAAACACAUACAAUAUAAGUUCUUGGAUGAAGACUUUGUGUUUGAUGUGUACCGAGACAGCAUGGGCAAGAUAUGGUUAAUCGAUUUUAACCCUUUUGGUGAAGCAACAGACUCACUGCUGUUUACGUGGGAAGAACUGACAUCUGGGAAGAACUUGAAAGGUGACCAUAGUGAAGGGGAGGCUAUGGAACAGGACUAUCCAGCGUUCCGCUGUACAAACAGCAAAGUUACCGUCCAGCCUAGCCCUUACCUGAGCUACCGACUGCCCAAGGAUUUUGUAGAUCUUUCUACUGGAGAAGAUGUUCACAAGCUAAUUGAUUUUCUCAAGCUGGAAAGAAAUCAGCAAGAUGAUGACUGAGGAACCAUGAAGUAGAAGAUGAAAUUGAAAACAAUAAAGUUGGCUAAUUAAAACCACAUAAUAGUGUAGCUGUUCACCAGCCAUCAAUUUAAAGAUUUACCUGCUUUUUAUAUUCAUUUAAAACAACUAAAGAGCUGUGUGUAUUGGUAUAAUAAAUGUACAUUUUAGGAAA